AGCAACGCCAGAACAGUGCUCGUGUGGCUAGGAGCUGGCAACGAAGACAGCGAGAAGGCGAUAUCGUAUUGUCACCGUACAGUAUGCAUCCCGCUGAAGUAUGCAAAGGGUUUUGCACUACCCAAUCCUCCAGAGAGGGGCAGGUGGGAAGCGUUGGUGAGGCGAUUUCAUCCUCAGCCGAAUGUCAAACGCAUGCUCAGGGAAGGUAAUGUUGCAAGAGCAUUUACGCAAGUGGCCUUCCACUGAUCACGAUAGAUGAUUAUAGAUUACCGUCUUUCCGUCGAGAGAGGGCUCAACCAAAUUACGAUGCAUCGAUAUUGGAGACGUAUAUGGACAGUCCAGGAAUUGGCUCUCAGUCGCCGAUCCGAACUCUAUAUCGGAGACAGCAGACCGAUAUCGCUCGAAGAGCUAAUAUACGGCUAUGACGUCCACGAGUAUUAUCCCGACGGAAAUUCCCUCUUGUACAACCGAGACCGCAAUCGUAUGGACCUCGAAUUCCACUUGGACAGUGCUCGCCAUGUCCGGGAGAAGGCCGCAUGGCACUCGUCAAAGUCGGUCCAGACUGCCGUCUCUCUAAUCGAAAAGAGUUCAACCGAUCCAAGAGACAUUUUUUUUGCGAUAAAAGCUAUCUACCCUGAUCUCCUUGGUAAGAUUGAGGUUAGAUACGACAGGAGCGCCGCAGACAUUUACACCGAGGUGGCGGCAAGUUUGUUCGAGGGGGUUUGGGGUACGGACAUGCUGGGAUGGAUGCUCGACACCGCAGGCAUGUGCUUGCCAAAGUCGCUGGCUAUUCCUUCAUGGGUGCCGGAUUGGUCUUCUGACGAGCAUCCAUGGUCGGAUUACAAGAUUAUCAUCCAUCGAGCUGCUGGCGAUUCCAAGGCUGCCGGGAUGCUCUCGGCCGACUAGCACGACCUCCAUCUGCUGGGCAAAGUCGUCGACACAGUCUACGAGCUGAUUGAAGAGCCAUUCCCGGACUGGUCGGCACGGGCCGUCGCCGUACAGACGGCUUUGGAG